AUGGUUGCUGGGAAGGUAAAAGAGGUAAUGGGAUUUCAAAAAUCCUCAGUAAACCAAAAGCAAAAGCCAGAGAUAUCGCACAAUCCACCACCAUCGUCCAUGCUGAAUUCCGGGAAACAGAAGCAGCAAAACCAGAAGGGAAAUGGCGCCGUAUUCUCACGUUCAUCCGGCGGUUACGUACCACGCGCCUCCGCCAAGGUCCAGCCCCGCCCGCCCGACAUCAGCGAGCUCCUCCGCCUCGUUGAAGAACUACGUGACCGAGAGUCCCGUUUCAAAACUGAACUCUUAGAACAAAAGCUUCUAAGAGAGUCAUUCGCCAUUGUUCCGGUUUUUGAAAACGAGAACUCAAAUAAAGAUUCGGAAAUCGAGCGGUACAGGAAAAAGAUUGAGUGCCUAGAAGCAGAAAAUGAGAGACUCAGAGAAGAUGUUGAGGUCUUACACAAUGAAUUAUACAGACAGAAACAGAAAUAUGAAGAAAAAAUCAAAGCUAUGCAGGCAGAACUAUCUGAUAUAAAGAAAACAGUUGUAGAGACCCAACAGGAACACGAGGAGGUUUCAUCGUCUACUCAAAACCUUGUCGAUGUAAGCAGCAACUACAAACCUAGUACUACAAACAAGAAUUUGAGAAAAUUCGCAACACAUAAUUACGUUGUACCUAGUUUUGAAAGUAUUAUUAGUUUUAAGAAAGAAGAUAUAGUUGGGUCUGUGGAGAUUAAUGAAAGGCCUAAAGAAUUUUGGUGUAAUUCUGAAGAAAAUGCAGAGAAUCCCCAUGGAAUAAUGGGAUUCAGAUCCCGUGUCCCAAGAAUUCCUAAGCCACCGCCAAGACCAUCGGCAUCGCUUUUGUCAUCAAUUUCAUCUUCAUCUUCUUCAUCAUCUGUGGUAUCCUCGGCUUCUAACGGUUCUUUAUCCGAUUCGGAUGAUCAUGCAUUGGUGGAGAUUUCUAAUGUUCAUCCUCCGCCACCGCCGUCGGUGAAAGUAGUGACUCCACCUCCACCGCCUCCUCCUUCUCAGUCUAAGGUGGCGCCACCUCCUCCCCCUCCCCCUCCUAAAGGUUCGAAAACGGUGCCAGCCAAGGUUAGGAGAAUCCCGGAGGUUGUUGAGUUUUACCACUCAUUAAUGCGAAGGGAUUCAAAUCCAAGGAGGGAUACCACUGCCGUAGGUGGCGGAGUCGCUGAUGCUCCGGCGGCCGGAGCGACGGCCAAGGACAUGAUCGGGGAGAUUGAGAAUCGUUCCGCUCAUUUAUUAGCCAUUAAGACAGACGUAGAAUCGCAAGGAGAUUUCAUUAGGUUCUUAAUCAAAGAAGUUGAAGGGGCUGCAUUCACUGACAUUGAAGAUGUUGUACCUUUUGUAAAAUGGCUUGAUGACGAGCUCUCCUACCUGGUUGAUGAAAGGGCAGUGUUGAAACAUUUCAAUUGGCCUGAGCGGAAGGCAGAUGCAUUAAGAGAAGCUGCAUUUGAGUACAGUGAUCUGAAGAAACUGGAAUUCGAAGCUUCAUCAUUUCGUGAUGAUCCUAGACAGCCUUGUGGUCAAGCUUUUAAGAAAAUGCAGGCGUUGUUUGAGAAAUUGGAGCAUGGAGUUUAUAAUUUGUGUAGAAUUAGAGAGUCUGCUGCGAAGGGAUACAAAGUGUUACAAAUUCCAAUCGAUUGGAUGCUUGAUACCGGAUAUGUAAGUCAGAUCAAGCUGGCAUCUGUGAAAUUGGCCAUGAAGUAUAUGAAGAGAGUGUCUGCAGAGCUCGAAUUUGUUGGUGGUUUUCCUGAAGAAGAAGAGCUUAUAAUUCAAGGCGUCAAGUUUGCAUUCCGAGUACAUCAGUUCGCGGGUGGUUUUGAUAUGGAAACAAUGAGAGCAUUUCAAGAACUGAGAGACAAGGCUCGAUUGUGA